AUGGACUUGACUCCUGAUACCAAGACUCAUGGUGAAGAAAAGCAAAGUGAACCCACCGAUUGGGAAAUAGAAGAAGGCAUACCCCAAUUCGAAGACCGGUUUAUCCAAAAAUAUUUGCAUGGGAGAAAUGCCUUGAUCCAAGAGGAAAAGAAGCAGAGGCACGGUGAGUCUGAUGCCCCGUUUUUAAAAUGCAUGUCGGCCUCUGCAAAAGAGGCAUGCCGGAUUGUCUCCCACAUUCGGGACAGGGAAUUAAAAUCUGUAUGGAAUAGGGAUGCGGAAGAUCACCUAGCAAAGACAGAGGAUACGGUUCUUUACCCAGGGAUGAUGUUUCGACUAGCUAGAGAUAGGAUGGAAGAGACUGAUCUGUGGAAGAUUGUUAAGAAAAUGCCUAAAGGAGCCUUAUUACAUGGCCAUUUGGAGGCUAUGGUUGACUUGGAUUUGCUAGUUGAUCAAGUAAUAUCCCUACCUGGGAUGCACAUUGCUUCAGGUCGGCCAUUGACAGGAGCAAACCUCCAUUCUGCUCCCCUACAUUUUCAAUAUUUUUCUCAACCACAAAACCUAGGGAAAUGUGAGGGGCUCGGAUCCGGUACUAUGAGCAUCUGGAGCCCGGCAUAUAAAUCACAGUCAUACAUUCCGGUGAAAGAAGCCGCUGCGGAGUUCCCAGACGGCGGUACUACAAAAUUCCGCGACUGGCUUAAGGGAAGGUGCACCAUCGAGAAAGAUGUAUCUCUCAGCCAUCACCAUGGGUGUGCGGCGAUCUGGGAAAUUCUAGAGCAGAAGUUCCAGGUUGUAGAUGCAAUACUCUAUUACGAACCGAUAUUUCGUGCCUGCCUCAAGCGUAUGUUGGCGGAGCUGAAUGAAGAUGGGAUUCGAUAUGUUGAAUUCCGACUGGCCUUUGGAUUUGUAUAUCGCCGUGACAGGCGCGAGGAGCCCGAGCCCAACUUUGAGUCCAUGUUUGAAGCCUUUGGAGAAGAGAUCGAAAGCUUCAAAGCAUCUGAGGCCGGGCAAGGAUUCCAUGGUGCCCGGAUGAUAUGGGCGACCAUGCGAAGCCAUACAAACCGUGACAUAGUGGAGAGCAUGAAGGAGUGUAUAAUCACUAAGCUGCAGUUUCCCGAGCUCAUCUGUGGCUUCGACCUGCUUGGACGUGAAGAUGACGGAAGGCCGCUUGUGGACAUGAUUCCCGUCUUGUUCUGGUUCAAAAAGCAGUGCGCCGUGGAAGGUGUCGAGAUCCCGUUCAUGUUCCACGCCGGAGAGUGUCUAGGGGACGGGGACGAGACCGACUCGAACCUCUACGAUGCUAUUCUCCUAGGCACACGCAGAAUCGGCCACGCCUUCUCUCUCUACAAACACCCCCUCCUGAUAGACCUGGUCAAGGAAAAGAAGAUCAUGAUCGAAUGCUGUCCGAUCUCGAACGAGGUUCUGCGGUUUACGAGCUCUAUCCUGUCUCAUCCGCUUCCGGCCCUCCUGUCCAGAGGUGUCGCGGUGUCCCUCUGCAACGACGACCCGGCGGUGCUAGGCCAUGGCAGAAACGGGCUUACUCACGACUUCUGCCAGGUCUUGAACGCCCUGGAGAAUGUUGGUCUUUCGGGUCUUGCAACCAUGGCCGAGAACUCGCUGCGGUGGAGCUGCUUUGAGGACCAGAACAACGCCGCCUGGCUCACAGGCGUCAAGCAAGGGAUAGCCGGAACCGGACGGAAGACAGAAUACAUUCGCAACUGGCACAUCGAGUUUGAAAAGUUCUGUCAGUGGGUGAUUCUCGAGUUUGGUUCCGAGGCUCCGGAGAGUGACGGCAUUUAG